AUGAACUCCGAGAAUCUUCCCGUCUCUAUGCCAGAAGCCCUCCGCAAACGCCUCCCUGCUCAUAUACCAGUCAUUGUGGCGGAUGACAACAACUACACCCAGUCAACUGCAACAUGGAAUAUCCGAGCGCAGUAUCAACCCCUAGCCAUCGUGCAACCAACGACGGUCGACGACGUGAGCCUGGCAAUCAAAAGCGCUAGGAAUAUUGGUAUAUCUCAAGUGGCAGUACGUGGAGGUGGUCACUCUUUCGAAGGCUUGUCUCUGGGCGGGAAAAAUGGCGCGAUGGUUAUCGACAUGGUGAAGAUGAACCAUGUGUGCUCCAAUCCUGGCAAGAGCGAAUUGACAGCCCAAGGAGGGGCCCUUCUGAGCCAAGUCCAUACAGAAGCUCAUCACAACGGGAGGAAAAUGGUCCCGCUGGGCACUUGCCCGUCUGUCGGACUGGCUGGUCAGAUCCAAUGCGGCGGUUAUGGCUUUUACUCGCGCACCUAUGGCCCACUCGUGGACCGUGCUCUUGCCUUCGAAAUGGUGACUGCGGACGGGGAGAUUCUUCAUGUAGACCAGGACCAUCACGCCGAUCUCUUUUACGCUGUUCGAGGAUCUGGCACAGGCUCAUUCGGGGUCAUCACGACAGUCACACUGCGAACAAACGAUAUCCCUACCUCUAUAGCCAAUUUCUCAGUGAUAUGGAGGCUCCCCAGCUUUGAGAUCCCUUACAUCUUCAAAAGGCUCCAGGCCGCUUGUCUUGGCGCUCCCAAAUCUAUCAACACUAUGGUCGUGGCAUGGGUGGAGAAGUUUGAAGUGUUCGGCACGAUCCUAGCGUCCUCAGACUCCGAGAGGGACGCAAUCUGGACAGAAUUUCUAGGAUCCUUGCCGGAGUCAUUGGACGUUCGUAUGGUCCCAAUGAGCUACCCCGAGUCGGUGAUGGAUGUUUCGAAACGGCAGACUUCCGCCCCGUGGUAUAAUAAACUCAGUGAGAUCCAACGGGAGGGUAAACAGUACCUUCGCUACAUGAAGAUUAAGUCUGGGUAUGUCCCAGAACCCCUACCAGAUGACGCCAUAGAACGCAUCGGGGCGUUCCUCACAACGCAGCCACCGACUGGUGUUCGGGUCCAACUCCUUGCUCUCGACCCAGAACAUGUUCCACAGCCGGACCAGACAUCCAUCAGAGCACGCCGCUGUCAUUGGAUUAUGGGCAUGUCUGUGUACAUCACUCAGCGUGAGCACCAAGAAGGCGAGCUGCUGUCUGAGGGUGACAAGCGGAUGCCAUGGCUUGACCAGGCGUACAAUCUUUUCCUUCCGUUCACGGCCGGGGCAUACAUUGGCGACGAUGACUUGGAGGAGGGCGAAGACGAGGAAAGUUUAAUGAUGAGCUUUUAUGGUUCUCACCUUCCCCGGCUCUCCUCGAUAAAGGCAAAAUAUGACCCGGCCGAUCUAUUCCAUCAUCCGCUGAGUAUCCCGUUGCCAAAAUGA